CUUAAAAAACUUACAAAUAUAAGAAAAGCUACAACUGACAAAGAAGACCCAACAAACAAGCUAGUGAAAGAAUGUUUAUUGGUUUUAGAAAGCAAGUUUACAGAUGCUUUCUCUAAAGAGAAAAUACAAGAUGAACGAGAAAAAAUGAAUACUAAGCAAAGCUUGAGCUAUG